AUACUCCAUGCUCCGUACGACUUCCCUUCUCCUCCCCCACCGGUACUGUAUAUAAGAGGGGUGCCCGGGUGGGCAUUGCUACUGUGAGCGAUCUCCUUCUUCACAAAGAGUUCGAUCAAUCGGUAGCCACCCCCGAGCACAAGCCCACAACGCUUUCCGCAGAUUACUCUGCAAAUAAACCACCUGCACUACAGGCAAUGAAGCAAAAGAUCGUGAUCAAGGUGUGCAUGCCAUGCGAGAAGAGCCGGUCUAGAGCCAAGGCGCUGGCCGCCGGAGCAGACGGGGUGAUCUCGAUGGAGAUCACCGGCGACGGCAAGGACCGGCUCGAGGUGGUCGGAGACGGCAUCGACGCGGUCCGUCUGGCCAGCUGCCUGCGCAGGAAGAUCGGACAUGCCGAGAUCCUGCAGGUGGAGGAGGUGAAGGACAAGAAGCCGGAGGAGGAGAAGAAGAAGCCGGACGAGCCCACGGCGCAGCCCGGGGCCGUGCAUUCGCCGCCGCAAGGCUACUACUACUACCAACAUCACCACCACCCGCCGCCGCCGCUGAUGGUCGUCUGCGAGGAGUCUGACAAUUGCUCCAUCAUGUAAAUUAGUUGAGAUAAAUAAGACCCAUCUUGCCAUCGAGGUGCUUACUUCUUUUAAGCAAAUUGAGCGAGGUGGUACAAUUUGUGCAAAUGAAGAAAAGUGGCAUCUGCACCGCAAUUUUCACGAUCGAUUGCUUGCUUUGCCUCUACGUGAAGCGUCCAUGAGCACAUGUGAUUUGGGGGCUGCUUCCGAUCCGCAUGUGCCGAUUUGCUGAUCAUCUGUCAAAACUUCUAACGUCAUCGGCCAAAAACAAAUUAACGUCACGCCAACAUCGUAGCGUUUGACGUACGCUGACAUGGAUCAUGAUGGAUGAAUCAUUUUGCAUUUUCGCCAUCUGACACCCGGUUAAACUAGACUGCAAAAGGAAUUGAACUGAUGGUGGUUCUUCUAUGCUACCGUGGUGUAUUACUCCUUCAUAUCCGUAUGGUCAAGGCAGAGGUGGAUCCAGAAAAUCGUGUCACGGGUACGUGUCACCAAGUAGUAAUCCUGCUAAAAUCAUAGCAUCAUCAUCUCAUGUAUAACAGUGAUGUUACUAAGAUAUUUGAUCAAGAUCAUUGGUGUAAAGGCAUUUUGAAGAACCCACGGCGCAAAAGGCUCGAUUAUUCAGCGGUUUCCACAGAAUGACUGAAAUUCGUUCUCUGCUGGUUUAU